GUUAUUCCGGAGAACGAGUACGCGACCUGGUCGGCUGCUUAUACGGAAGCUGAGACGAGCUACACGGACGCCGAUGAGCGCAAAGCGCAGCUGAUUCGGGAAAUUGAAAAUAAUUUCGAAUUGCUAGCCCUUGACUUCAUCAGCAUCCUGACCCUUGUCAACCAUGCCAGUCUUGUCGCACAAAACAUACUAAAUUUGACAGAGAUCUGCGUUAUUGAUAAACGUUCGCACGUCCUUGCGUUUGUUCAUCUUCUCGCCAAAGAGAUCAGUGUCGUUUGCGAUGAACCGGACACGGGCGAGUUUGACAAAUUCGAUGGUCACAUGCAAAGGAAGUGGGAGGGAUGA